UUGGACUGUAGGGCGCGCGUAUCAAAGAAAUAGACAUUAUCGUUCUCAUUAUACACACAUACAUUCAUACAUACAAUAUACAUAGGUAGGUACACAAAAAUACUACAAAAACAUUACCCUCCUGACGCAGUUGGGUUAAAACAGCAUUCCAGUUGUCCAUUAAAGGAUCAUUAAAUUAUUGAUCAUUAUUCUAUCACGUGUACAGUAUGAUGUCACAGAAACGAGUAAAGCAGCGAACAAGAACCAGCGAGGUCGUGAACACGGCGUGUUUAUCGGCCGCGUUGAUAAUGUGUACCUAGAUACAAAUAACUAACAUUCUCUUCAAUAAUUCAAUAUAAUUCGAGACAUUCACUUCCAAGAAGAUUCAGUGAAAUUUUUAUAAAAAAUUAUUUUAUCCAAAAACAAUGGACAAAAAACUUGAACUUCGUUUUGCAACUUACAUGUGCCCUACGCAUCCCAUUGAAUUAUAUGAGCUUAUAGUAGAACUAGUGGAAGAAGCAUUAGAUUGCUACGUUUCUUUGCAAUACGAAAGUCGAAGCCCAGGACCAAUAGCUAACCGUCCAGAUCCAUUUCAAGCUGAUAAGCUUGAUCUGGCUUUUAUGACUGCAGCAGCCUUUAUGAAAAUGAAGCAGAAAGGAAAUAAAUAUAUUCAGCUUUUGCCUGUUACUCCAGUAUUUGCUCAUCAAAUGAAUGUCGAAAAUAAACCAGGAUAUUUCUCCGAUGUUAUCAUUCACAGCGAUAAAAAGGCCCAUAACGUAAAUACUUUACUCGACCUUCGCGGAUGUACGUUUGCAUACAGUGAUGAAGAAUCACUAAGCGGAAGUAAAAUAGUCCUUAAAACAUUGAAAGAAAAAGGCGAAAAUGCAUCUUUCUUUGGCUCUCUACUAAAAUCGGGAUCACAUUUGGCCUCUGCUCAAAUGGUCUUAUCUAAACAAGCGGAAUGGGCGGCGGUCGAUUCGACGACCCUACUCAAUUCAAAAAAAUACAUGCACGACGGAGGUAAAGAUAUUAUCACUUUGGAAACAUUAGGGCGAUUGCCACCGUAUCCUAUCGUAGUUAAUUCCAGAUUAUCAGAUAGUAUUAAAAACUGGAUUAGUAAUGCAUUACUAACUUUAUCACAAACAAGCGAAUGGAAGAAGAAAUUUGCCAAGUUCGGUUUAAUAAAAUUUGGAAAUAAUUGUGAGAAUGCCUAUGAUGGGCCGUCUGCACAGAUGUGGUCCAUCCAGAAAGAAAAACUCAAUGUUCGAUAUUAUUAGAUUAUUCCUAAUUAUCAGUUUAGUCUAUGUGCUUUAUAUUUUGUAUGUUGAUUUCACACCAAAAAAAUAAAUAUACUAC